AUGGCAGCUCCAAGCACAAGUUUGAGAAAUCCACAGAUCCCACAGUUUAAUGGGAAAAAUUAUGAUUAUUGGGCAAUCACAAUGAAGGCAUUAUUUUGUGCACAAGAUUUAUGGGAGUUUGUUGAAAAUGGCUACCAAGAACCAGUAGAUGCAAUAGCAUAUAAUGCACUAACUCAAGUAGAGAAAGACUUAUUGAAGGAAAAUAAAAAGAAAGACUCAAAAGCCCUCUUCCUCAUCUUUCAAGUAGUGAAUGAAAGCAUUUUUCCAAGGAUUCAAGCAGCAACAAAGUCCAAGCAAGCAUGGGACAUUCUUCAAACAGCCUAUCAAGGAAUGGAAAAGGUAAAAAUAGCUAAGUUGCAAAUGUUAAGAAGGGAUUUUGAGACCAUCUACAUGAAAGAAUCAGAUACAAUAGAAUCAUUUUUCACUCAAAUCAUUGGAUUGGUAAACCAAAUCAGAACUCAUGGUGAAAACCUUGAAGAAAGAAGAGUAGUUGAAAAGAUUUUGAGAAGCUUGCCUACAAGAUUUGAAUCUAUUGUGGUGGCCAUAGAAGAGACAAAGAAUCUCUCACAAUUUUCAAUGGAUGAGCUUCAUGCUUCACUCAUUUCUCAUGAGCAUAGACUAAGCAGAGAUGUGCAGUUCAUAGAAGAUGAAGCAUGGGAUGGAACUUUGGACAAAACAAUCAAUAUUGCAGCCAAUAUACCACAAGAAGAAAAUGAAGAUUUUAUAUUAGCAAGUACUCCUUCAAAUGCGACUCCUCCUAUAGUUGUUCAAGGUCAACAAAGUGGACAACAAAUAACACCAUCAAGUGUAAGGACAGCCCCACACACUCAAGCAAAUACUCCAUCAAAUGUGCAAGUAACACCAUCUUCAAUUGGUAGUCUUGGUGCUGGACCAUCAAGCCCACAUUCAACAAAUGCAAGUGACAUGUCCAAUCCUACAUUAGCAAGCUUGAGGAGACAAAAAAUUAGAAGUUUAAGGGAGAUUUAUGAACAAAAUGAAGGUGAAAAUAAUGCGGGUCAGACUUCUCUUUUUGCUUUAUACUCGCAUGUAGAUGAUCCAAUUCAUUUUAAAGAAGCUAUUAAGGAAGAAAAAUGGGUGCAAGCAAUGGAUGAAAAAAUUGAUGCAAUUGAAAAGAAUAAAACAUCGGAGUUAGUUAGUCUUCCACAAGGAAAAGAGGUGAUAGGAGUGAAGUGGGUUUACAAAACAAAACUGAAUGCAAAUGGAUAUGUGCAAAAACACAAGGCAAGGUUGGUGGCAAAAGGUUAUUCAUAA